UUAUUUUCUAAGUGACGCAGAUAUCAUCACAUGUUGUAAUCCUUUCAUUUUCAAAAAAGCUUGCAAGAUCACUUUAAACCAUUCACACAGUAACACUAUCAACACCAUAUUAUUUAUUAAUGAGGUAGAAAUUUUUUGGGUUCAAAAAUGAUGUUCAAAUUAAGUUUCAUAGUACUUUUGGCUGUAUUUUCAGUCCAAUGUGUAAGUAGUAAUGCCAUACAAAAACGAAGCACAGAUGUUGCUAUUGACCGAUUAAUACAAUUACAAAGAGAUUUGGAUUCUGCUGCAAAAACCAGGUCUGUUGACUCUAUUGUAAGCUCAAUAUUGAGUGCAGCAUCAAGUGCAGUGGCAACAGUAAUGAUUGGAACCCUUUGCACUUAUCUUACACCUUAUCUUACUAUACUUGAGCUAUUCAGAACAACAGUUAUUGCGGCUGUAGCAUUGGUUUUAGAGUUUCUUAGUGGACUUGCAGAAGAAUAUGAUUCAGACUUAAGUGACUAUGUUGAUUCUCUUUCAGAUGGUGUAAGUUCCUUGAAUGAAACUAUUUCUGAAAUACUUACAUAUGCAUCAGAUGCUGGAUGUUCCGUUUAGAAAACAAGCUCUUUUAAAAUCAAAAUGUAAAUUUAAAAAAUAUAUAAGUUAAUAGAUA